GCGCCAGACAAAACAGUUGCUCUUGUACCGUGCCAUUAAAAACAAUUGUUUUAUUGACCAAAAAUUUGUUCGGAAAAAUUACUUUUGACGGUUACUUAGUGUUGAGAACACUCCGCAACAUUGGGAAAACCUCACCACAAAGUAAAAUUGAGUAAAACACUACAACAAAUUAAUAUUCCCAAAAGGCUGCUUGUGUGGGAGCCUUUUGGAAGGAGGUUGUCCUCAGCGGUCAAAAGGAAAACUCGUGUAAGGCGUGGAUUAUCCUUAUGGUUAGUGGACAUUUAAGAAUAGAUUUUGCGAUUGAUACGGAAUAAUGGUCAGCGGUUUCUAUGCCAUGUUGGACAAAAAAAAAUCGCAAACAAAUGUUCGUUGUGUAUGUGACAUGUGAAAUUUUGCAAAAUUUGUUGAAGAAAAUGUGUUUUUGCAAACGUGUAUAACGAAAACGGAAAACAACAACAAACCCUUUUGUCAUAAAUGAUAAAAAAAAUUUUGCCAAAAAGGUCUCCCCACUGAAAAGUAGAUAAUAAAUAGAUAAAGUGUGUGUUUGCGCUACUGUUUUUUUUUUUUAUUGAAGAGAGGAAGAGAGAGAGAGCGUGCAAAAAAUUGACAGCAGAGCGGUACUGUAUAUCCUCUGCUCCAAAUAAAAAAAAACGUCGCAGAGCAAAAGCGAAGAAAUAUGGAAAUUAUAAUGUAAAUUUAGUAGAAAGUGUGUAUUUUGUGCGGAUGUUUUGGAGGAAAAUGUAGUGCGAUAACAUUGUAAUUGACAAACAACAUCAACAACAAAAAGUGUUCAAAGUUCGAAUGCAAAUCAACAAUAACACAAACAUUAAACAUUGCAGCGCCCAGUCAAGCCAAACACAGUCGCCGCCGCCGCAGUCAGCUAAUGACAACAAACAAACCAAUGGACAGAGGAAAUACGCAACUGUAAAUUUGUAUGUAGAUUAUACACACCGUUAAUUACAUUCAUAUCGGAAAAAGUAAUCGGAAAAACAAUAUAAACACAAAUGUUCUGGAUGUGUAUUAUAGAAACGACCAAAUUAAGAAACCAAACUCUUUGUAUCCUUUAACGAAAUCUUGUGUGUGUGGGUGGGUGAGCGUGUCGUGUCGUGUCAUCGCUCCUGCACAUUCAACUAACUCCUUCCUCUUCCACAAAUAAGACCGCAGACAAAAAAAGGCCGCCAAGAUGCGUGUCGUUGCCAUGGUAAGCGGUGGCAAGGAUAGCUGCUACAAUAUGAUGCAGUGUGUGGCAGAGGGUCAUGAAAUUGUUGCACUGGCCAACUUACAUCCUAAGGAUAGAGAUGAACUUGAUAGCUUUAUGUAUCAGACCGUCGGUCACAUGGGCAUUGAAAUUCUGGCUAAGGCCAUGGGCUUGCCGUUGUAUCGUCAGGAGACCAAAGGUAAAAGUACACAGACUGGCAAACAUUAUGUGCCCACGGACAAUGAUGAGGUGGAGGACUUGUACAAUUUGCUGGCCACGUGCAAGGAAGAACUACAAGCCGAAGCGGUUGCUGUGGGUGCUAUACUAUCCGAUUAUCAACGGGUUCGGGUGGAAAAUGUUUGCAGUCGCCUAAAUUUGGUAUCACUAGCCUAUCUAUGGAGGAGAGAUCAGACUGAACUGCUACAGGAAAUGAUUGAUUGUCAAGUACAUGCCAUAUUAAUAAAGGUAGCAACCUUAGGUUUAGUUCCUGAUCGUCAUUUAGGGAAAUCUCUAAGAGAGAUACAACCACAUUUAUUGAAAAUGCGUGAUAAAUACGGUUUGAAUGUGUGCGGUGAGGGUGGUGAAUAUGAGACCUUCACCCUGGACUGUCCAUUGUUCAAACAACGCAUUGUAGUUGAAGAUGUCCAAACUGUUAUUAGCUCGGCCGACCCGAUAUGCCCUGUCGGCUACAUCAAUUUCACCAAACUAUCGCUACAACCCAAAGAACCACAACAGAGCUGUGAUGUAUUUGUGAAAAAAUCUCUGGACUAUAUAAGUGACCUCAAUGAAUCGACAUACAGUGACCUCAGCGAUCCCGAUCUCAGUGAAACUGAGCUGGAGCUAAUCGAAAAGGAGACACGCAUGCGUGAAUCUUUGAGUCAAAAUGAAUUGAUAUCGCGCAGUAAUUCAUUUGGUCGACAUCUGGCCACCUCAUCAUCACCCAUACCGAUUGUGACGAAGAGCGCAAGCGUUGACGAACAGACACCGUCUGCGUUGCUCUCCUCGUCGGCUGCUCUGUGCGCUGCCUCAUUACAGGCGGGCAGUUUUGGCCCGCCACGACCGUUGGGUAGUAGCACAGCAGCAGUUUGUGGCAGUUUGUCAUUGGCCAUCUCGUCCAUGGCACUAACGACCACAGGCGGUUUGGCGGGUGGUAAUGCGGGUAGCGGUAUGUCAUCAUUGACUGGCGGUAUUGGUGGUGGCGGUCUAUUGGGCACCCAGCCACCGAGUCCACUGAAAUAUGAAAGAGAAUUCCGUCCACUUAAUAAUCGACCAAUGGUUACGAUAAAUAGUAAAGGUUGGAUGUGGGUGGCUGGCAUACAGGGUUGUGCACCCACUCUCGAAGAAGGCAUGCAAAUUGCCAUUGACUCCCUACGUUCCUUGGCCAUAGAACACAAUUAUGAAAUUACUAAUUAUUGCUAUAUAACACUCUAUGUGCGUUCCAUUGGUGAAUAUCAAAUCCUGAAUCGUAUUUACGGACAAGCUGUAAAUUUCCAAAAUCCACCAACGCGUGUAUGUGUCGAGUGUCCAUUGCCCGAAGAAUGUCAUGUUAUUAUAGAGGCGAUUGCUUUCAAAUCGCCACAGCGGCGUCGAGCCACCAUCUCCAUACAGGAGUCCGAGGGUGGCGCCCCAUCCGUCGAUGAUAUUAUGAGCACCAGUUGUAGCAGCAGUACAAACGAUGACCUUUGUAAACGUCAUACAAUGCAUGUCCAAAGUAUAUCGCACUGGGCACCAGCCAACAUUGGGCCAUACAGUCAAUCCACCAAGAUUGGCGAGAUUACCUAUAUUUCUGGUCAAAUUGCUCUAGUACCUGGCAGUAUGACAAUCAUUGAGGGUGGCAUCCGUCCUCAAUGUAAACUAACUCUACGCCAUAUCUCACGUAUUGCCAAGGCAAUGAAUGCCCAGGGUCAGCUACGUGAUGUGGUACAUGGCAUCUGUUUUGUUACUCAUCCGGCGUUUAUAACCGAAGCCCGACGCCAAUGGGAGCGACGUACAACAAAUGCCAUAAUGGAUUAUAUUGUGGUGCCAGCAUUGCCACGUGAGGCAUUAGUCGAAUGGCAGGUGUGGGCCCAUACCCACAAUGAUCGUUUUGAAUAUGAAGAGACCGGUUGCUCAAUUAGUGAUUAUACGAUAUCGAUACGAAGACGUUGGAAUUAUGAAAAUAAUUGCGCUGCUAUUGUUUGUUAUGUAUCAACAGGUAUGGCCUCCUCGACCACCCAAUUGACACAAUUAUCCGAUGAUGUCCUAACUAGCCAUUGUCGUUUGGCACAAAAUUUAACUGGGGAAAAUGUUGAAGAUAUUGUUACCUAUGUUGUUAAUCGUCUGCUCAAAGACUAUCCGUUGGCCAAGAGCAAUGAAAAUCUAAAUGUCCAAACAAAUGCAUCGACAACAACGCUGAAUAAUGGUUCACCGAUAAAUGCUGCCGGCAGUAGUCCAACAAUUGCUGUGCCAGCCAUACACCUGAAAGUGUUCUAUCAAGUGACGGCAACGCCAUCUAUUGAUUUGCUCUUGACGACAUUGAAUGAUUUUCGUGAUAAAUAUCAUAAAACGGCCAAUAUAGCUUUUACUGUUAUACCAGCAUGCAGUUUAAACAAUUUCAGUACUUUCCUGUCCAUUUGUGGUGUGCGACAUGAAUGAGGAGAUAAUUUUUAAUAACAAAAUAAAUGAUUGAAUGAAUGAAUGGUUGAGCCAUUAAACAAAACAAAAAAAAAAUGGAAACAAAAUUAGAACCAGCAGCAGCAACAUUGUUGGAAUUACGAAACAAGUCUCUUUGUUACAAUUUUUUAUUAUCAUUAUUAUUAAAUUAUUAUUGUUUUUUGUUUGUAAUUUUUAAUAGCACCUAAGAAAUGAUAAGAAAUUGUUUUUGUUUAUUUUGUUGCUUUUUUGGACCAAACGUAAGAAGAAAGAAAAGAAAACUUUAAAAAUAUGAAAACAAACAAAAACCUAGGUUAUGCUGAGGACUUGAACAUGUUUCAAAUAAAAUAAAAAAAUGAAAAAAAUUGAUGAAAAAAAAUAAAAAUCACAUUUUGAUAUAAAAUUUA